AUGAAGAUGAAGGACACGCUGAUCGCGUCCUCGGUGACAACUAACCCGAGCAGGCUGGCGCGCAACCUGUACACCAGCAACGCGCGGUUCGUCUUUGAGCUGCUGCAGAAUGCCGAGGACAACCACUACGCGCAGGCGCUGGGGUGCGGCGAGGUGCCCGAGGUGUCGUUCGGCGUGUACCCGGACCACGUGGUGGUCGAGUGCAACGAGGACGGGUUCACGGCGGAGAACCUGGCGGCCAUCUGCAACGUGGGCAAGAGCUCCAAGACGGGGGCGCAGGGCUACAUUGGCGAGAAGGGCAUCGGCUUCAAGUCGGUGUUUAUGACGGCGUACCGCGCGCACAUCCAGUCGGGGCACUUCUCGUUUUUCUUCCAGCACCGCACGGGCGACUCGGGCAUGGGCAUGAUCAUGCCCGUGUGGGAGGACGAAGGCAAGUCCCUUGGCGCGUGCCGCACGCGCAUCACGCUGCUGCUGCACGACGACGGCACCGAUGCCGAGCGCGCAAAGGCCCGUGGCGAGAUCCGUCAGCAGUUCCUCGAGAUUCACGACACCAUCCUGCUGUUCAUGAAAAAGCUGCAGCGCAUCAAGAUCGCUCUCUACGGGGACGACGAGGACGACGAGGAUGAGCCUGAGACGGAAAUUACGUACUCGAUCGACCGCCAGACAGACACGCGCGUCGCCGUCACCAAGUCCACGUGCGAGCACGGCGAGACCCGGCAGCAGGUCAAGUACUACCACACCACGCGGCACGUGGCCACGAGCCUGCCCAAGAAUGAACACCGGACCUACUCGGCGGCCGAGGAGGCGUCGGGGGCCUACAAGCGGGGCGAGGUCGUGCUGGCGUUCCCGUUGACGGCGGUGUCGGUGCCGGUGCUGGAGAACUACUGCGACCAGCUGCGCGUUGUGAGCCUGGCCGCGGGCAUCGCCGAGGCGUUUGUGCGCGGCGUGCUGCAGAUGUGCGACCACGAGACGCUGCAGUACAGCUCGCGCGCGCACACGGCCCUGGAGCUCGACCGGCACGGCGCGCCUUUGUUCCGCGACGUCGAGCCCGAGAUCUACCUGUCGCUGCACUACAAACAGGCCGACCUUGACCGGCUGCAGCCGUUCGGGCUCACCAAGGUGUGCAUGGAGCAUGACAUCGAGCGCGCCAAGCACGACCUGGCGUCGGCGUCGUCAAGGUUCAAGUCCCCGGCCACCGACGAGGACUGGCACUCUCGUGCCGCACGGCUGCUGCACCUGCCUUUCCGGAACAACUGGGCGCAGCGCUGCAAAGAGGCCCCGCCGCCCUUCGGAGCCGCAGCGGCGCCUGCAGACGUCUACUUCCCGCAAGUCGCGCUCACCGACCUCGCCAUCCCACUCGACCUCGCGCUCAACGUCAUCUCCCUCGAGGCCGCAGCCAACGCCGACCGCAGGAAACUCUUCGACGCGCUGGGCGCCAAGACCGCCUCAGCCAACCUCGUCCGCGACGCCAUCGUCAGGCGCCACAAAGAUCGCCGGCACCCCGUCGCGCUCGCCCGCGCCGUGCAGCACGUCCGCUUCCUGUACUUGACAGAGCACCUCGUGGCGAAGCCCAUGUCCGCGGACGACACGCGAGCCAUCCGCCUUUUCACACACCGCGGCACGCCCACCGACCCCGCCGCCGCCGCCGCCGCCGCCGCCGACGUUGUCCCACCGCCGCCGGCUCAGGCGCAGGCGCAGGCGCAGCGCCCGCCGCCGGUCAAUGACGACAUCAACGACAACAUGUCCUGGACCGACUGGCUGGCUGCGCGCUUCAGCGUGCAGCGGCACGUGCCCAUUGCGGACAGCGACGGCGUGGUGCUGUCGGCCGCGUGCCGGUACGUGGCGGCACACCGGCCGGACAAGUUCGUGGGCGUGCUGCGCGAGGGCUGGGAGGGCGCAUACGGAAAAAUGAUCUCGGGCGAGGCCGAGGCCAUGGCGCGCGAGCUGCGCGCCGUGAGCGUGCCGUGCCGGUCGGGCGAUGUGACGGGGUUGCGGCCGCUUGGCGAAGCGUUCCUGCCGCUGGCAGACCUCGUUGCGCUGGGCGACCAGUUCCUGCGCCGCGGCGACUUCUUCCCAUGGCUCGCGCUCGACGCGCCGCUGAGCCAUGGUACCAGGCCGCUCGAGUGGGAGGCGCUGGGGGCCGAGUUUGGGUUGGGUUUUGAGCGGGACCUGGUUGGGUUUGGGCUCGCCGUGCUGCGGCGUGUGGUCGAGAGCAACCCCAAGCAGACGGCUAUGGUAGAGCAGCAGCGUGUUCUUGAAUUGUACGAGUACCUCGAUGCCAAGGUCGGCGAGUCGGGCAGCCCCGAGCCGUGCCGGGAGCGCAUCAGGAAAGCAAUGCGCUUGGAGCCGUGCAUCCUGUACCCCCUGGCCGACGGCACGCACGAGUGGACCAAACUUGAGGACUGCGUGUGGGAGGCGCCCGUGUAUCUGUGGGAGAAGUGCUCGCUGCAGAACGCGUACGCGGACACGUGGAAGCAUACGAGGGCGCCGAACGACUUGGCCUCGCUCGCCGGCUUCUUCACGCGCACGCUGGGCGUCCCCGACUGCACGCGGGAGCACCUCGUCGACGAGGUCCGGCACGUCGCGCGCGUCUACAAGACCGAGGCCAAGCUCGACCACAUGCGUAAGCUAUACAAGUGCCUGGCCGACACGGUGGCGGGCGACAGCAGCGCGGCAGCCAACAUGAGAGACAUCUUCCACGCCGAGGCGCUCAUCUGCGUCCUCGCCGCCGACAGCGAUAGCGUCGUGUCCUGGCACAGCGCCGCCGAGUGCCUCUGGUCGAGCGCGACGCCGAUACGUGGCAUGCACGUCCUCGACGCACUGUACGACGGCGCGCACGGGCUCAAGGCCUUCUUCACUGACAUGCUCGGCGUCGGCACCGUGACAGCGGAGCUUGUGUACGGCAAGCUCGCGGGCGAGCAGGAGCUGCCGGCUGCCGAGGCCAAGGAGGUGCUGCUGGUCUUCAGCGCGUUCCUGGCCGCGCGGCGCGACCGCGGCGCCGCCUUCGCGCCGGGCCUCGUUGUUGAUAAUGCCGUCUUCCCCGUGCGCCUGCCGGGCGGCCGCCUCAGGCUCGCGCGCGGCACCGACGCCUUUGUUCUGCUCGACCGCCGCAACCUCGGCGAAGACUUUGCUCCCCUCGCCGCCGUGCUCGACUGCACCAUGGACGAGGUGGAAAAGGUGGAGGAGGCUGAGGCGGUGGAAGUUGUUAGCCCGCCGCGCACGCCGACGCCCCGCCGUCAGCGCAGCGAUUCGAGCAGUACCGCGAGCAGUGGCAGCGAGACGCUGGUCGAUGUUGAGACGCCGCCGUCGUCGGUCGACUCGCGGGCUUCCGGCCCAUCCGCACCGCGGCCGCAGCUCUUCCGUCAGCCAGGCAUUGCCACCCAGCGCGGGGCCGUACCCGUCGCGAAUGCAUCGCAAGCAGCAGCCCAGCGAGCAUCGCCAUCAAGACCGCAGCCAGUCGCGGCUGCACCACACGAGGCCGAACCAGAUGCGAUUGUCGCCGGGCCCGACAGCGACUACCUGGCGUUACUGCACCAGGUCGUCGCCGCCGCCCGCCGGACCACAUUCCCGUCUGGCGGUGCGUUCGACAUGCCGGGCGUGCAGGCAGCGCUGCUGGAUGUGGCAGGCGAGGAGGCCGGCGGCGGCGCAGCGGACCGGUACCGGCUACGGUCGACGAGCCAGCUGGAGCGCGACAAGCGCAUCGGCGCCGCGGGCGAGCUGUUUGUCUUUGAGCUGCUCUCGCGCCUACGCCUGCCCGGCUUCUCGCGCGCCAACUGGCAGAGCACGAUCCGCAGCUACGCAGCCGCGCACCCAGAGUUCGCAGACCUGGCGCCGUGGACGGGCCGCGAGACGGCCGACAUCACGUACGCCGACGCCGACGGCUCGCUGGCGCGCCUGCUCGUCGGCGCCGGCUACCUCGACGCGCGCGUCUGGGCGGGCGUCAAAGGCCUGCAGUGCUUCGUCGAGGUCAAGGCGACCACGGGGCCGUGUAACACGCCGUUCUACAUGAGUAAGGGCCAGUAUAAGCGGAUGCAAAACGUGUCCAACAACAACGCCAACGACCGCCAGACGGACGCCCUGUAUGUCGUCUUCCGCGUCUUCAAUCUCGGGGCGGACGCCGUCGGCCUGCGCGUGCUGGUCGACCCCGAGAGCAUGCGCCAGCGCGGCGAGCUCGCGUUUGCGGCCGAGUUGUGGUCGGUUGUUGCGGCGUGA